CAUGUGAAUCUAAGCGGCAGUUGGUUUGACCGUGUGUUUUCAAACCCCGGCUGGCUUGACCUCAGUAUUCUAAUCCCCAGUAUGGGGCACGGCAUUCGUACAGAUGUAAUAAUAACGUUAUCGUUGUGACUGUGAUAUCCCGGCCGAACAAAAUAUGUAUGCCCUGAACAUCUGAAAGCGGAAGUUAACCAACCGUCCCUUUGGUGUUCGUCAACACGGAACAGCAGCUGAAAUGUUUCUAACGGAAUGAAGAUUUAUAAACCUAAACAACAGUAUCACAAGAAUGAAGAGACCCAAAGCAGCAUCUCAAGAACCCAGCUGUGUGUCAAUGAAGAGUCAUCAGUCCAUGAUGGAAGCUCCACAACUCACUGAUGGAAGAUUGACCUCUGACCUCAGCAGUGAGAAAGAACAGUCUAGUCUGAGCUGCACUGAUUCCUACUGUCAGACGCCCAUCAACAAGACAGCAUUAGACCUACAGACACUCACUCUGCACACGGAGAAGCCUGAAGACCUGCAGAGAGUGAAAGACAAACACAAAAGCAUCAUGAAGAACAAGUAUGAGAGUUUAUUUGAGGGAAUGAAAGCACAAGAGAAUCAAACGCUCCUGAAGAGAAUUUACACACAGCUGUACAUCAGAGAGGGAGAGAGUGAAGGAGUGAAUGAAGAACAUGAGGUUUUACACAUGGAGAAACAGCCCAGAAGAACACAAGACUUACAAGACACUCCAAUCUACUGCAAUGACAUCUUCACACCUCAAUCUCAUCAAAGACACAAAAUCAAGAGCGUUCUUACUAAAGGCAUCGCUGGAAUUGGAAAAACAGUCUCUGUGCACAAGUUCAUUCUGGAUUGGGCCGAGGGAACAGCCAAUCAGGACGUAGAUUUCAUGUUCCUGCUUCCGUUUCGAGAGCUGAACUUGAUUGGAGAGCAUCGCUACAGUCUUCACAAACUUCUGCUGGACUUUCAUCCUGAACUUCAAGAUGUGGACUCUCAGAUUUAUGAGGAGUGUAAAGUUGUGUUCAUCUUUGAUGGUCUGGAUGAAAGCAGAAUGACACGGAUGUUUUCAGACCACAGUGAGAAAGUUUCUGAUGUGACGGACGCUUCAUCAGUGGCCGUGUUGAUGUCAAACCUCAUGAAAGGAGAUCUGCUUCCCUCCGCUCUCAUCUGGAUCACCUCCAGACCAGCAGCAGCCAAUCAGAUCCCCUCCAAAUACAUCACGCGUGUGACAGAAAUCCAGGGAUUCGACGACGCUCAGAAGGAGGAAUAUUUCAGGAAGAGAAUCAGCGACGAGCAUCAAGCCAGCAGAAUCAUAUCCCACAUUAGAAGAGCGAGAAGCCUCCACAUCAUGUGUCACAUACCGGUCUUCUGUUGGAUCUCCUCCACUGUGCUUCAGAAGAUCCUGACACAAGAUCACAGUGAAGAAAUCCCCAAAACUCUGAGUGAAAUGUACAUCCACUUCCUGCUGAUCCAGAUGAAGAUGAAGAAUGAGAAGUAUGAUCCAGAGAGAGAUCCAGAGAUCAACAGAGAAGUGAUUGUGAAACUGGCUGAAGUGGCUUUCAAACAGCUGAUGAAGGGCAAUGUGAUGUUCUAUGAGGAGGAUCUGAGAGAGUGUGGGAUAGACAUCACUGACGCCUCGCUGUAUUCUGGCAUCUGUACUGAGAUCUUUAAGGAGGAAUCUGUCAUUCAUCAGAGGAAGAUCUACAGCUUCAUACAUCUCAGUCUUCAGGAGUUCCUCGCGGCGUUCUACUGGUUACACUGCUGUACAUGCAGACAUCUCACAGCACUUGGAGAUUUUCAACCGUUGUAUAAUCUGCUUAAAGGUGCAGUAGAUAAAGCUCUUGAGAGUGAAACUGGUCAUCUGGAUCUUUUCUUGAGGUUUCUGCUGGGCAUCUCACUGGAGUCCAAUCAGAGACUCUUACAGGAUCUACUGACACACACGGUGGACACCUCACAAACCAUCAAGAAAACCACACAGUACAUCAAAGAUCAAAUCAAGGGUAAUGAUGGUCUGUCAGCUGAAAGAUCCAUCAAUCUGUUCUUGUGUCUGUUUGAAGUGAAAGAUCAGACUCUGUACAGAGAGAUCGAGGAGUUUGUGAGAUCAGACAAACACUCAGAGAAGAAACUCUCGGCCGCUCACUGUUCAGCAAUAGCCUACAUGCUUCAGAUGUCAGAGGAGGUGAUGGAUGAGUUUGAUCUGAAGAAAUACAACACAACACAGGAGGGCAGAAGAAGACUCAUACCGGCUGUCAACAACUGCACAAGAGCUCAACUUGCUGACUGUAAUCUCAAUUAUCAGUCCUGUGAAAUCAUCUCUUCAGCUCUUCAGUCCUCAGAUUCUCCUCUGAGAGAUCUUGAUGUGAGUAACAAUGAUCUUCAGGAUUCAGGAGUGAAGCUGAUCUCUGAUGCUCUCAAUAUUUUAAACUGUCAUCUACAGACACUGAGGUUAUCAGGUUGUAUGGUGACAGAUGAAGGAUGUUGUUAUUUGGCUUCAGCUCUGAGUUCAAACCCGUCACACCUGAGAGAACUCGACCUGAGCUACAAUCACCCACAACACUCAACACUUCAGCUGCUCGCUUAUCAAAGUGAUCCAAACUACACACUCAACAAACUCAAUUUGGAUCAUGGAGGACAUUUUUGGAUCAAACCAGGAUUGAUCAAAUAUGCCUGUGAUGUCACACUGGAUCCAAACACAGCAAACAUUCACAUCAUUCUGUCUGAUGGGAACAGAAAGGUGACGUAUGUGAAAGAUGCUCAGUCGUAUCCUGAUCAUCCAGAGAGAUUUAAGGACUAUGAGCAGGUUCUGUCUGAAGAGAGUUUCACUGGACGCUGUUACUGGGAGGCUGAAUGGAGCGACUGGAGUUUUAUAGGGAUGACAUAUAAAGGAAUCAGCCGGGAUGGAGAUCACACUUGCUUUGGUUACAAUGACGUGUCCUGGUUUAUGUACUGUGUUCCUGAACGAUACAGCGCAUGGCACGAUAGUAAAAACAUAGACAUACCUGCUCCUUCACCUCCAUCUAAUCGAGUAGGAGUGUAUGUGGACUGUCCUGCCGGCACUCUGUCCUUCUACAGCGUCUCUGACACACACACACUCACACACUUACACACAUUCAACACAACAUUCACUCAACCUCUACACGCUGGAGUCUCCGUUUUGAACUCCUCUGUGUCUCUGUGUCACAUUGAACAACAACUUGAAACAUCAUAAGCUGUGGACACAUUAAACGACUAGCUGAAACAUUCUAAGACUGGAAACAACACACUUAAAGACUUUCUCUUGCGAUUGGAACCGAUUCUAGUUUGUGACAGUCUGAAAAGAACACACAUCUAAUGACUGGAUCAGACCACUACACAACACUUUUAAAGAGUCACGACUGGACAUUCUGUUGAAGCAUAAAAUCUACCGAUCUAUGUACCGAUAUAGAUGAGAAAGGUCAGCGUUAUAUUUCCAUUUUAUUAGUAAUAAAAGCUCAGGGUGAAGCAACCAAGAUGUUCACAUUUCCAACAAGGUUAUGCUUUUUGUUUUAGACUUCACUCAUGCGUAAUAAACGUUAAAUAAAUUGGUAUUAUUUACUAGAGUAAUGUAUUAUUUGUACAAGUAAAAAACCUUAGACAUAAUUGAUUUUAGUCAACAAAGCAUACGAACCAAUAUAAACAUGAUGAUCAUAUGCCAAUUUAAGUGUUUUUUUAUGUUCUCUACAUUAUUAUGUGCACUCUGCUUUAUUAACGGGAUUUUUAUUACAUUUAUAUACGGGAUUAAUUACACCUUUGCUGCUUGUUGUUCUGUAUUUACCAAUAAAUAAGUUAUAAAA